AUGAUUAUCGACCCACAAAAAAGCAGGGACGACACGUGGACUGAGACUUCAAGAAGGUGUCAUUCUUCGUCAGACCGUGAAGACUGUGACAAUAAUGCUGGUAACGAUUUUGGUGUUGAGAAAAAUGCGAAGAGAUAUCAAAAUUCGAAUUUACAGAACCCCGAGUACUUUUCUAGUCGAUGGAGGGAAAUUCUGUUUGUAAUUUCUUGCAUGAUAUCUCAGCUUUUGAACCAGGCUGCAAGUACUCAAACUAAUCCUCUUUUUAAUGCGAUAUCCGAUGAGUUCAAAUCAUCGUCUUCAAAACAAACCUGGCUAAUGGCUUCUUUUCCACUUGUUUCGGGGUCUUUUAUCUUGGUAAGUGGGAAAUUUGGUGACAUUUACGGUCUCAAGAAAACACUUUUGGGAGGUUAUGUCGUAGCGACUAUUUGGUCAUUGAUAUGUGGGUUUUCCUCCUACACUUCAAGUGUGGACUUUUUCAUCGUCGCCAGGGCUUUCCAAGGUUUGGGUAUCGCUUUUGUGUUACCUAAUAUCAUGGGCCUUGUUGGCACUAUAUAUGUGCCCAAUACCAAGGUCAAAAAUAUGGUGAUUAGCAUGAUAGGUGCUUGUGCUCCAAUUGGAGCAACGUUCGGCGUUCUUUUCUCGGGUCUCAUUGGAACUAAAACCAAAAAUUGGGCUUGGACUUUCUAUGCGUAUGCUGUUCUGGCGUUCGUAAAUGGCGUUAUUGCCUGGUGGGUAAUUCCAGAUAAUGUGCCAAUAAAUUCUCACAAUUUUAAAAUGGACUGGGUGGGAUCAGCGUUGGGAGUUACCGGUUUGAUUCUACUCAAUUUUGCAUGGAAUCAGGGUCCUAUUGAAGGCUGGGGCACUUCAUAUGUGAUUGCUCUGCUGGUCAUUUCUUUAUUUAUUUUGCUCGCGUUCUUCGUGUACGAAGUUAGGUUUGCCAAAGAACCUCUCAUUCCACGCGCUGCCAUGUUCAAUCGUCGACUUUUGAUGAUUUUGUCCUCAAUUUUCUUUGGUUGGGGAUCUUUCGGCAUAUGGACUUUCUACUACAUGUGUUUUGUCUUAAAUUUAAGGCAUUACACGCCAUUAUGGGCUGGUGGAACGUAUUUCAUGUUCGUUAUUUGGGGAAUUAUAGCUGCAUUAACAGUUGGGAAAACUAUUCAUAGAAUGCAUCCGUCGAUCCUUCUAUUUUUUUCAAUGGUGGCGUUUGACUGCGGUUGUAUUAUGCUUGCCGUAACUCCAGUGCAUCAAACCUAUUUCAGGAUAACCAUGGGGACUAUGAUUAUUCUAAGCUUUGGGAUGGAUUUCUCGUUCCCAGCUGCCUCUAUAACACUUAGCGAUGAGUUACCGUCAGAGCAUCAGGGUAUGGCAGGAUCGCUUGUAAGCACAAUGAUUAAUUAUUCUAUGUCACUUUGUUUGGGCAUCGGCGGCACAGCUGAACGCCAAAUAAAUAAGAGUGGAAACGAUUUAUUGAAAGGCUAUAGAGCAGCAUUGUAUGUGGGCAUUGGACUGGCAAGUAUUGGCGUAUUCAUAAGUGGGACAUUCAUGUUGGAAAACAUUUAUCAAGCUAGACGUAAGAAUAUGCUGGCGACUAAACUAGAGAAUCACUUGGAGAAAGACGCUUAA